CGUCGGCGCAGCCGCUGGGGUCAGAGGCGGCCGCUUCCGGCCCGAGGCGGCGAUGGCGAACCGGACGGUGAAGGACGCUCACAGCAUCCGCGGCACCAACCCGCAGUACCUGGUGGAGAAGAUCAUCCGCACGCGCAUCUACGAGUCCAAGUACUGGAAGGAGGAAUGCUUCGCGCUCACGGCCGAGCUGGUGGUGGACAAGGCGAUGGAGCUGCGUUUCGUGGGCGGAGUGUACGGGGGAAACAUAAAGCCCACUCCCUUUCUGUGCCUGGUGCUCAAGAUGUUGCAGAUCCAGCCAGAGAAAGACAUCGUGGUUGAGUUCAUCCGAAACGAGGACUUCAAGUAUGUGAGGCUUCUGGGAGCCAUGUACAUGCGGCUGACUGGAACCCCCAUGGACUGCUACAAGUAUUUGGAGCCACUCUACAACGAUUACAGGAAGAUCAAACGACAGGCACGGAGCGGUGAAUUUGAAAUGAUCCAUGUGGAUGAAUUCAUCGAUGAGCUGCUGAGAGAGGAGCGGGUUUGCGACAUUAUUCUGCCCAGGCUGCAGAAGCGGUUUGUGCUGGAGGUGGUGGAGGAGCUGGAGGUGCGGGUGAGCGCCCUGGAAGAGGAUCUGGAUGGAGGAGAAUCUAGUGAUGAAGAUGAAGAUGAUGAAGACCACCAUGAAGCUAAGAGGGUGGAGGUGGCCCCGCUGCAAGACGUGGAGCGCCGGAAACACCGCGACGCCGAGCGGCCACGACGCACGCCCUCGCCGCGGUUCCGCCGCAGCAAGACCCCUCCACGCAGACGGAGCAGAUCACCAAAGAGGAGAAGUUUGUCCCCCCGGCGCGAACGGCACCGCAGCAAGAGCCCCCCCCGGCGGCACCGAUCGCGUGAGAGGGAACGGCGUCACCGGUCAAAGUCGCCCGGUCAACAUCGCAGCCACCGCCACCGUAGCCACUCGCGCUCACCAGAUCGGUCCAAGAGAAAGAGCAAGCGCAGUCACAAGGGGGAGUGACAUCGCAACGUCUGGGCUGGGUGCGAGAAUCCAGUGCUGGGGGCGGUUCAAGAGACAGACUGCCUGCUGCCCCAGAGUUUUUGGUUUCUCAGCGGUUUUUACGCUGCAUUCAACUUACUAACGAUUGCAUAAAGUGGCACACAUGGUUUCAUUACAAGUAACUGUCGUACAAAAGCAUACGUAGAAUGUUUUAAGUGUUUUUUUGUACCUUUCUGACAAUGCGGUGAAUCGUAAUAAACAUUUGGAUCAACG